AUGCUUGCCGAGCCGCUGCGUUCGGCCGUGACGGCCGGUAGAACCGAGGACACCUCGCUGGCUCUGCCGUCGGACGCCAGCCUGCACACGGGAGCGCACCGCGUCCUGGAUCAAGUGCAGACCGUCAAGAGGAGCAAGUCCAAACACGGCAAGAAUUGCACUCCUACAAGCCCCACGUUGCCGGCCUUGUCAACACUGGACGAAUUCAGAACGUUCCAGUUUUUGCCGACCAACGCCAACGGUACUUCCGGUCGCAGCAACUCCACAAAGUCGACUGCGUACAACAAACUGCAAUAUUCCCAAAAGAGUCGGUCUCUGUCAACCAAAAGCUUGGGAUCUAGACACCACAGUUCCUCCGGUGGAUGGGAACAACAAAUCAACAUCUCUAACUGGCCUCAAAGUCCCGUUGAGAUGAAACCCAGCCGCAGUGAUCCUGCCUUGGGUCCUGCAAGCAUGAGGAGAGUUAAAGGGCAGCUCACCCAGAGCCAAGUGAAGAGAGUGAGCACAUACUCCACUAGCAAUGGUAUCCACACUGCUACAGGCCAACAACGGUUUAUUGACGCGCCUCCUGACCAGGCUCAGAGUAUCAAAACGUCCAAAAUUGAACAACAAUCGGCCAUCAACAAUGCACCCAGCAUAUCAGAUUUGACCAUUAAGGAAGCUGUCGAGUUUUUGUCUCACCCUGAGGAGAAGUUCCAGCAGUGCGGGGCCACUGUCAUUCAGCAAGUCACUUUUAAAGAGGAUAGUGCCAAACAGGAGGUUCUCCAGCUUGGUGGGAUCCCCACUCUUGUGAACCUGCUGCGGAGCCAAAGUCCUGCUGUGAGUCAGGCUGCCGCUGGGGCCUUAAGGAACCUCGUGUUCAAGAACCAGAAUAAUAAACUGCAAGUCCAGCACUGUGGCGGUAUUGCGAAAGCCCUGCAGUUACUAAAGGAGACGGAAUGUAGCGAGACCCAGAAGCAGAUCACGGGUCUGCUGUGGAACUUGUCCUCUGCUGACGAGCUCAAGGGAGAACUUAUAGCAACAGCACUGCCCGCUCUGACGGAGAAUGUAGUGGUACCGUUCACCCGCUGGUCAGAUGACAGUGUCACCAACAACAUACAUCCUGAGGUUUUCUACAACACCACGGGGUGUCUGCGCAACCUGAGCUGUGCGCAGCUGAGGGAGAGGGCGGCCAUGAGAGAUUGCCGAGGUCUUAUCGACUCUCUGAUGUGCUACCUGCAGUCCUGCGUGGCUGAUGACAACCCCGAUGACAAGUCUGUGGAGAACUGUGCAUGCAUCCUCCAUAAUCUGACCUACCAGUUGGAGGCUGAAUCCCCCAAGUGCUUUGCUGACUUUAUCCCCUCAACAGAAAACCAGUCUGGGAGGAAAAGCCCUACAGUUGGAUGCUUCAGCCCCAAGAGCAGCAAGGUUCAACAGCAGUUUUCAUUCGACGCUGUUCGAGGAAUGCUUGACGACGCUGAUCCGAAAGGUGCCAAAUGGUUGUGCCAUCCCAAAGCGAUGCAGACCUACUUGUCUCUACUAGGCUCGUCCCAGAAAGACGCCACCCUAGAGGCGUGCUGUGGAGCACUACAGAACCUAACUGCCAGCAAACAUCCUGGGUCUAGUGCCAUGAGCCAAAUCCUGGUCCAGAAGCUGGGUGCUUUAGUGAAUAUUACCCCUCUUUUGAGGUCACAAAAGCAGAGCCUGCAGAAGGCAGCUGUGUCUCUGCUUGGUAAUAUUGGUAGAACCAGCAGUUUGCAGGCCUCCAUGGCAAAGCAGGUUUUGCCGGAGCUCGCCGGCCUCCUCUCUGCUGGCCCCCGAGAACUGGGCAACUCUGAUGAAAGCGUAGCUACAGCUUGCAACACAGUGCGUAAUCUAAUGAUGGCGGACACAGAGGCCAACAAGAAGUUCAUCGAUAGCGAUUUGGUUUCAUCACUGGCCGAUCUCAGUGGCAAUGGCGCUUUCCCCAAAGGAAGCAAAGCUGCCUCUGUGCUUCUUUAUCACUUAUGGAACGACAAGAACUUGCAAAACGUUUUGAAAAAGCUAGGAAUGAGCAAGUCCUUAUUCGUCAAUGACAGCACCACGGCGGCAUACAGAUCCGUGCAAAUUAUCGAGUGA